AUGUCAUCGUCUGUUCAUUUCAAAUUCAAGUCCCAGAAAGAACCCUCACGGGUCACCUUCGAUGGUACUGGUAUUUCUGUCUUCGAGCUCAAGCGAGAAAUCAUCAGCCAGAGUAGAUUGGGCGAUGGGACUGACUUCGAGUUGUCCAUUUACAACGAGGACACCAAAGAAGCAUACGAUGACGAUACCACCAUUAUCCCUCGAUCCACCUCGGUCAUCGCCCGUCGCUUGCCUGCAGCUCGCCCUGGGAAAGGCGGUGCAGCUCGUUAUGUCUCCGGGAAAAUGCCCGUGAAUGCGAGGAACGCAUCUCGGAUCGAACCAUCCAUCGGUCGAGCCACGCCGGGGGCUGCCCAAUCUGUCAACAACAAUGUGUUGGAGCUCACCAAUGCGCAAACAGAAGAGGAGAAGAUCAACGCACUCUUCAACCUACAGGCGAGUCAAUGGAAAGAACAGCAGCAAGAGAUGGCCAAUGCUACUCCGGUUCCCUUUGGCCGUGGCCGAGGAAAGCCGGUGAAUGUCCCUGAUCAUCCACCACCCCCUGGGUACCUGUGCUAUCGGUGCAGAGAGAAAGGACACUGGAUUCAAGCCUGUCCAACGAACAAUGACCCCAAGUUUGACGGCAAAUACCGGGUCAAGCGAUCUACCGGUAUCCCACGAUCCCUUCAGACAAAGGUUGACAAACCAGAGUCCUUAGCACCUGAUGGCUCCAGCGAUGAAUCGAGGAAUACAGGGGUCAUGGUAAAUGCGGAUGGUGAUUUUGUUAUUGCAAAGCCGGACAAGGCAGCUUGGGAACUGUACCAAGAGAAAUUGAAAGCCUCUGCUGCGGCGGCAGCGGAAGCUGCGGCGGCGGAGGAAAGCAGAGUGUUGCAGUCCCGGGGUCUGGAAUGCCCAAUUGACAAGAGGAUGUUCUUAGAACCAACAAAGACACCAUGCUGUCACAGGACCUAUUGCAAUGACUGUAUCUCAAAUGCCUUGAUUGAAAGUGACUUUGUCUGCCCCGGUUGCGCUACCGAAGGAGUCUUGCUUGAUAAUCUCACUCCGGACGACGAAGCUGUUUCCAAAAGCAAAGCUUAUGAAGCGGAACGAGCGGAGGCGAAGAAGGAGAAAGAGAAGCAAUUGACGGUUCCAGAUGACACUACCAAUGAUGCUUCCGAGCACGCCUCUAUUAGAGAAUCUGUGGCCAAGGAGCAGUCGCCGGCCCGGCAAGAGGCGAAUUCCAUGUCCAUUGAAUCGAAGAAGCGACCGGCCGAAGGUGAUCCCGUCGAAGGAUCAGACAGCAACGCGGCAAAGAAGCAAAAAGGAGAAGACCAAUCUAACCCGCCACACACCAAUCCCAACCCCAACUCCAACACCGAUACUCAAGAGGCUCCAAAAGAAGCCUCAAACGGCCCUCAGGCGCCCAUGAAUCCACAAAUACCCUUUAAUGGAUUCGGCACAAUGCCCCCUUUUGCAGAUCCUAGUUAUAGCAACGAUGGAAUGGGUUUCAUGAAUCCAAUGGCCAUGCCCAAUAUCUUCCCUAACGGCAUGGGCCCUGGAUGGAAUCCAAUGAAUAUGCCCUUUAAUCCUCUCCAGGCUGGUAUGUUUGGUGAUCAGUCUAAUGGAUUUUCCAACAUGUUCAAUGGUGACCCAUCUAUGUCCAUGUUUCCAAUGGCUCAAAUCGCUGCAUCUAUGCAGAACCCGGGAUUCCAAGGUCCAGGGGCGAACGGCUUUUCCAACCAGCAGCGGACCGCUUUCAGUGGUCCCUAUUCGCGUGAGGAGGACUCGCCAUACUUUCGACAGCCUGUCAACCCUCAACGUCAUCAGGCAAGGAAUCGUCGAGUGCGACCAAGCGACUAUCGAGAACUAUGA